AUGAGAGUUUCUACAGUUGCAGUCACUGCUGGAUUGUUGGCUUCAGCGCAAGCCCAUUUUGAUGUCGGCUUUGGUGCCGAGCUUGGCCUUGGCCUUGGGCUUGGUCUUGGUAAAGACAAAGCAGAACCCCCAGCACCGGCUCCAACAACACCAACUACACAAGCGCCAGCACCUACUACUCCAGAGAAAACAGUGUACACCACAGACCACAGGAUUUCAACCACUGUCAUCACCGUCACCAAAUGUAAGGAUAACAAGUGUUCAUCAGUGCCAGUCACUACAGGAGUGGUUACUGUCACGGACGAGACUAGUAUAUUUACUACUUACUGUCCAUUGACUGCUGAAUCGUCAUCUGUAUCAUCAUCAUCAUCCGAGUAUACUUCAACCCUGACCUCGUCAUCGCUGUCAUCGUCAUCGCUGUCAUCCUCAUCGCUGAUUUCGUCGUCUUUGUCUUCAUCGGUUCUCCCUGUUUCAUCAAAGCCACCCAUUUCCACCAAAACUGAUGUUGCAACCACAACUGUCGUAGUCACAUCAUGCCACGAAGACAAGUGCCACACAAGCACUGCCACUACUGGUGUCACCACUGUGACUGAAGACACAACAGUCUACACCACCUACUGCCCAUUAACAGCUGAAUCAUCAUCCGAGGCCCCAUCAUCGCUGCCUUCAUCUGUUGCUCCAUCAUCGGAGGCCCCAUCAUCGCUGACAUCAUCUGUUGCUCCAUCAUCUGAGGCCCCAUCAUCUGAGGCCCCAUCAUCGCUGACAUCAUCUGUUGCUCCAUCAUCGCUGCCUUCAUCCGUUGCCCCAUCAUCAGAGGCCCCAUCAUCGCUGACUUCAUCAUCUUUGACUUCGUCGGUUCUCCCUGAAUCGUCAGUGGCAACCAUCUCCACCAAAACUGAUGUUGCAACAACAACUGUCGUAGUCACAUCAUGCCACGAAGACAAGUGCCACACAAGCACUGCCUUGACUGGUUUGACUACAGUUACUGAGGACACUACAGUCUACACCACUUACUGCCCAUUGACUGCUGAAUCCUCAUCUGCACCUUCAACAUCUGAGGCCCCAUCAUCCCUGACUUCAUCCGUUGCUUCAACAUCCGUUACUCCAUCAUCCCUGACUUCAUCCGUUGCUUCAACAUCCGUUGCUUCAACAUCCGAGUCUUCCUCGUCUGUUGCUUCAUCAUCCAAGUCUUCAUCAUCUGUUGAAACUACCCCAUCGGCUGUUGCCCCAACGCCAAGUGCUCCGGCUUCCAGCUCAUCAACUGAAUCUACAACCUCCACUACCCCGGAGACUGUUGACGCGGAAUCAACUACUCCUGAGAAGGAAGCCAAGGUCGAAACAACUCCAGCUGCUGCUGAACCAACCACAAGCUCAACUAUUGUUGUCGACCAGACAAGUACAGAGGAAACUCCAAAUGCUGUUGAUGCAACUAGUGUUUCUACUCCUCCUGCCGCUGCUGCCGUUGAACCAACCACCAGCACUACCCCUGCCGCUGCUGCCGUUGAACCAACCACCAGCACUACCCCUGCUGCCGUUGACGCUGAACCAACCACCAGUACUACCCCUGCUGCUGCUGAACCAACCACCAGCACUACCCCUGCCGCUGCCGCUGCUGAACCAACCACCAGCACUACCCCUACCCCUGCUGCUGCUGAACCAACCACUAGCACUGCUCCUGCUGCUGUGGAUGCUACUAGUGUUUCUACUUCUCCAGCUGCUGCUGCUGUCGAACCAACUAGCGCUGCACCAGCAACCACUCCACUCACUAGUACCACCAGUCUCGCUGCUCAAGCUAGUACUUAUAGCUCAAUUCCUUCAGCAUCGGCUUAUGAAGGUGCUGCAUCUACCAAUGGACCAACCUACGCCUUGUUGGCCAUCGCAUUGGCUUACUUCAUCUAA